AUGGCGUUUCAAGUAACAUACAAGUACAAGGUUCAAAAGCCUGAUUUUGAGCAAAGGAGAUUGGAGGGGCAAAGAACAUUAAAGAAUCAUCCUUCUAAAGUACCUGUUAUAAUUGGUAAGGUACAUAAGUCCGGUUUGCCUGACAUUGACAACUUCAAACUUCUUUUGCCUUCUUCUUCAAAAGUGAGUGAUGUUAUUCAGUACAUGAACAACAAGCUAAGACGGCCAUCACAUGCUCCUCUCUAUCUUUAUGUUGAUAAUGAUGUAUUGGCUGGUACUGACAGCACACUGGCUAGACUAUACCAGGAAUACAGAGAAUCAGACUACUUUUUAUAUAUCUGUUACUAUGAAGGAACUGCAAGCAGUAGUGAUCGAGAGUCAUGA